AUGUCGUCUGCAGCUGCGAAAGCAUCUAAUAUCCCAAAGGGCGACCGGUUGGUCAUGACAACGGGCUGCGACUCGCUCGAAGUUGAGGCCGCCGUCCGCAAUGACGGCGAGUCAGGAACCCGAUAUGAUCACAAUGACAUGGAGCGCAUGGGCAAGGCCCAGGAGUUUAGAAGGAACCUUCGACCUCUGGCGGCUUUGAGCUUCGCGUCGGUGCUACAGGCAACCUGGGAGUUUAUUCUUAUAUCCAACUAUCAGGGGCUUGAGGAUGGGGGAAUGGCCGGCUUGGUGUGGACAUACGUGUGGACCUUUGUCGGAUUUGGGUUCAUCAUCGUCUCAUUGUCAGAAAUGGCAUCAAUGGCCCCGACAUCUGGGGGUCAAUACCAUUGGGUCUCCGAGUUUGCGUCCCCACGCUAUCAGAAGUUCCUUAGUUAUAUCACUGGAUGGAUGUCCGUUCUCGCGUGGCAGGCCGGUGCGGCGUCAGGAUCCUUCCUCACUGGGACCAUCAUCCAAGGCCUAAUCGGCGUACGAAACCCGGACUAUAACCCCAAGCGAUGGCAAGGAACCCUCUUCGUUUUUGCAAUGAUCCUUGUUAUCUAUUUCUUCAACGUCUAUGCAGCCAGUUGGAUGCCUCGGAUUCAAAACAUUCUCUUGGCUCUGCACACUAUCUGCUGGGUCGUUGUCGUUGUCGUGCUCUGGGCUAUGGCUCCUCUUCAGUCCGCCAAAGCAGUGUUCACUGAAUUCAGCACAUACGGUGGGUGGAACAAUGUCGGGGUUGCUCUGAUGAUCGGCCAGAUUUCCGCAAUUUACGGAUCUCUGAGCUCGGACGCCACAGCGCACAUGUCGGAAGAGGUUCGUGAUGCCGGUCGGUAUGUCCCAAUGGCCAUCUGUGGCGGCUAUUUCAGCAACGGCGUGCUAGCAUUGGUUAUGAUAAUUACCUUGAUGUUCGCCAUGCCGUCGGUCAAAGACGCCUUGGAUGACCCAAGUGGCUUUCCCUUCAUUUAUGUCUUCAAGCAGACGGUCUCAACAGCGGGGGUGAAUGGGCUUACUGCCAUCAUCCUCAUCCCAGUCAUCUUCAGCAAUAUCCUCUUCAACGCGUCAACGGCUCGUCAAACGUACGCCUUCGCUCGAGACCGGGGCCUGCCGUUCUCCAACUGGAUCUCCAAGGUAAACCAGAGCUACAAGCUUCCCAUUAACGCCAUCGCGCUUUCCUGCAUUAUCAGCGGUCUUCUUUCCCUAAUCAACAUCGGGUCGGACACAGCCUUCAAUGCCAUCAUUUCCUUGAACGUGGCGGCACUGAUGUGGACUUACGCCAUCUCUAUCAGCUGUGUGAUGUAUCGCAAAAUCUACUGUCCCGAGACGCUUCCUGACCGACGGUGGAGUCUCGGCAAGCAUGGUAUCUGGGUCAAUGCAGUAGCAUUAGUCUAUGUGGCUUUUGCCCUCUUCUGGUCCUUCUGGCCCACACAGAUUCCAGUCACGGUCAGCAACUUCAACUGGAGCAUUGUUCUCUUUGUUGGGGUCUUUAUGAUCAGUCUGGUGAUGUAUUUCCUGCAGGGGAAGAGAGUGUACAAAGGGCCCGUCGUGGAUGUCAAACGGACGUAGAUCAGAUAAUACACCUCGUGUCUUUGGCACGCAGGAGCAUCAAGACCAAAACAAAAAUUUACUCGAUUUUUCCCCCUUCGCUGUGGAUAUAUGAUCUGAAAUAACAUAUCCUCCGGUGCAUUUUCUUGCUUCUUACCAUUCUUCAACUCUCGGAUUAAAAUCCUGUGUGGUCU